AUGUCUGACCCGUCGGACCACGUCGUUUCCACGCCAGGAUUCAAGAUGGACCUGCCCAAGUUCUCUGGCUCGCCCGGCACCUUUCAUGCGUGGAGCAUUCGCAUGAAGAUGGCGCUCAAGCUGCGCGGCGACGACGUCUGGGCAGCUGUGGAGGCAGGAGCAUCGUCAUCGGGAGGUCCAAGUUCAGCGACACGCUCAAGUGCAAGGAGACCGACAGCAGGCGAUCACGCCAACCUCACCGCUGCAAACCUCAUCGCGUCCACGCUCUCAGGCUACCCCCUUCUCCUCUUCACCAACGGAGAAGCAGACGUCAACGCCGGCCAAAUGUAG